CCCGUUUGAUACUAAAAGCGCUGGUCUGCUUUCGCGAGAUCAUCGCCCCGUCACCUUCCUUUACCAAGCUCCAGUCUGUCUCUCUCGUUCAACAGACCCUAUUCAACACCCUAAUCCAUUUUAAUACCCAGGCGGGCCUUGAUUUGUUUUUUAUCUCUUUCACGUUAGCCAGGCUGGUCUUGCUCCCCGUCAACGACGACUCGACAUUCAUUACGAAAAGAGAAGGAAGAUAAAACCCACAACGAGAUUCAAGAUGCCUUCCCUCACCAAGACCCUUGGUGUCGUUGUUGCUGGACUGGCUGCUGUUGCGUCGGCACUACCGGGACACCCCAAGUUGACAAGAUCGCAACUCAAGGUCCACGAACACAUGAAGCGUCAGCAGGCUGCUGCUGCCGCAUCCGGUCUUACCGAUGUUGACAUCCUGCAAUUUGCCCUGACGUUGGAGUGGCUCGAGGCGACUUUCUACCAGCAAGGAUUCGCAAAGUUCCCAGCAUCAGACUUCGCUGCUCUCGGCCUGACGCAGCAGGAGAUCACCGAUCUGAUCAACAUCGGCGCCAGCGAGCAAGCGCACGUCCAGCUUCUGCAGUCCGCCAUUGCCCAGGCCGGUGUCAAGCCCGUCCAGCCGUGCACGUACAACUUUGGCUUCACCGACGCGGCCGGCAUGGUCGGCACCGCUGCCGUCCUCGAGAGCGUCGGCGUCUCCGCCUACCUCGGUGGAGGCCCGCUCAUCACCGACAAGUCCAUCCUGGGCACUGCUGCCUCCAUCCUGACCAUCGAAGCCCGCCAUCAGACCUUCAUCCGGGUGGCCACCAAGAUCGCGGCCGUCCCGCAGCCCUUCGAUACAGCCCUGUCGCCCAAGCAGGUCUUCUCGCUGGCCGCCCCCUUCAUCGCCUCGUGCCCCGAGGGCAGCAACCUGAUCCUGACGGCGUUCCCCACCCUGACUAUGGCCGCCGGUGCCAAUGCCAACGCCGUCCAGGCCGGCAGCCGCAUCCAGCUCCAGUCUGACGCCACGGCCCAGGCCAGCUUCUGCGCCUUCACCACCGGUGGCGUCCCAGGCGGCACCGCCUUCACCGCCUUCGACGCCGCCACCGGCUGCGAGGUUCCCCAAGGCCUGGCCGGCGUUGUCUACGUCAACCUCGUCAGCGCCGCUCCCGUCAACGGUGCCAUUUCGGACGACAUAAUCCUGGCUGGUCCCACGGUCAUGCAAGUCUCGUAAGCGGCGGGCCCGGUCGUCGGGAUAAUGGGAUGCUUCCCCCUUUUUUUUUCCUCGUCAGCUCUCUCUUCGAACCUUUUUUUUUUCCCCGCCACCUCAAACUUGAUCGGAUAAGGUUGUGUGAGUGGAUGUUACGCAGAAACCCAGUGGAGCGGACAAACAAAGGGGAGUUCUAUUACGGGCCGCGGAGGGGAACGGGAGGGGUCAAACUGGCGCCGCGCGGAUGACUUUAGACCAAAAGAUAAACCUUAUUAUUCGCUUCUCUGGCUAUUUGUUUAGGUAGCCUGUAUAUAUCCAUUAUAUACCUUAUCCCCGGGGACUCUGAGGAGAAACUCUUUUUUUCUG